UGGGGAGAGCCUUAGGUGGGACCUCGGUGUUAAUAUGUUCUUUAUCAUUAAUCAGCUCCUUUAAGAGCUGAAUAUCUUGGUUCAAUAUUCAGAACUCGGAAGUUUUCCAACGUUGAAAUAGGUCCAUUUCAGUCGAACCAGGAAAGAUAGAAAAAAUGUUUGCGACGACCGAAAAUCUGCUCCCUAACAUCAUUAGACGACAGAAGUCUAGAACGAGGCCAUUUGCCAGUAUAGUUGGAGUCGAAGGUGUAAUCCGGAACGUGACAUUCUCUGACUUGGAAAAUGCCUCUAACAGAGCCGCGUGGUAUCUUCACAAGAAUAUCGCUGAUGAUCAAGUGCUCUACAUGGGCCCAAACGAUAUCCGGUAUCUUAUAUGGGUAAUUGCAGCUGUUAAGACCAGGAAAUGUGUUUUGUUUCCAUCACUUGCCAAUCAGAUCCCAGCAAACCAACGAUUCUUCCAAACAGUUGGAGCCAAGACUCUUUUAUACGCCCCUGAAGUGGCUGGUCUGUUAGGACCUCUAUUAGAGGCAACACGAGGCUCUAUCGAACAGGUUGCGACCCCAACCUACGAAGAGCUGACGAGUGAAGAUGUUGCGAUAGAGUAUCCUUUCCUUAAAUCUUAUAAUGAAGUUAAAGAUACCCGAUUCAUGGGUCUUCAUACGUCAGGAACAUCAGGCCAUCCUAAACCCAUCUACUGGACUAACUCCGCCCUCACUACGAUUCCUGCAUUUCUUGACCCUGACGUCAAGGACAGCGACAGGAAUGGAUCGAAUCUGAUGUUCGAUCUCUUCCAAGGGAACAAUAUACUUGUUCCAUUCCCACUAUCUCACUUUGGUGGUAUGGGGUCAUCUCUGGGCUCCAUUUACUGCGACAACACAAUAGUCCUCCCAGUACCGGGCGUGCGGCUAACUCCCGAAAAUUACACACUCCUUCUACAGCAUGGCAAGUGCACGUCGACUGCCACGCCUCCUUCCAUAUUAGAAGCGAUGCUUAAUUACCCCCUUGGAGUGGAAGCCUUGGCCAGCCUUAAAUGUGUUGGCUACACAGGCGGACCUGUAAAUCCUAACCGCGGGGAGAUUCUAGCUAAUAAGAUACCACAUCUCUUCCCUAUUCUAGCUAGUACCGAAGGUGGAAUUGGGCGCUUCGUUUCCUCAGGGGAUAGCUCGCACUGGAAUUCGUUCAAGUUUGUCGACGUAGGCCAGCGAAUGGAGGAAGUGGCACCGGGAAUUUACGAGCUGGUAUACCCCCGAACCGAUCUCAUCAACCGAGUGCACGCCUAUUUCCACACGCACCCCCACUUGAAACUGGAGUUUCGCACUUCCGAUCUAUUCUCACCCAUAGAUGAUAAAAAUGAGUGGUGGGUAUACAAAGGCCGGGCCGAUAAUUGGAUUGCCAUGUCCAACGGUCUCAAGAUGGAUCCCUCGGAAAUAGAACACGACAUCGCUUCGCAUCCAGAUGUCAUCGGCGUCGUAGUAGCUGGCGCCCACCGUUUCCGCUUAUGUGUGUUGAUCGAAUUGAACAAGCCGGUAGACGAUCAAUCCUUAGACAACAUAUGGCCGAUUAUCGAGGAAGCGAAUAAGAAAGCGCCGAAAUUCGGACGACUUCCGAAAGAAUUGGUUCUAUUCGCGACACCAGAAAAGCCAUUCCUACGAGCUGGAAAGGGUACCAUUCAACGCAGGUUGACCAUCCAGGCUUACGAGGUAGAAAUCAAUCGGCGGUAUGAUGAGGUUGAGGAAGGCUUGCUUACUAGUGGCAUACCCCUACCUGCAUCGAUCGAGCCUAAGGAUUUGAUUCCUUUCUUAAAGGAGUUAUGUUCGGAGACUCUACUUGAUGAGAAUGCAGGUGGUGAUAUUGGCGUUGAUGACGAUAUCGUUGCGUUUGGCCUCGAUUCUCUGUCGUCGUUUGUCCUCUUAGCGCGUUUGAAAGCUGCGUUGCGGAAAUACGGCGUCGAGACUGAGAAAGUGCACCUUGUUAACAAUAAGUUAUUAUACACCGCACCGACAAUCCGACAGCUAGCUGAGAAGUUGUCUCAACUACUAUCUACGACCGGACAAUCGAGUGAGGCAGUUACUGAUAGCCAUGAUGUGACGAUUAAAUUACUGGAGAAAUACGGUGCCGAACUUCAGAAGCUUGGAAAACCCAAUGCAUUUAAAGCAGGAGGAAAAUCCGAUGGUGAGGUUGUAUUACUGACUGGAUCAACGGGUUCCCUCGGCUCGCACAUUCUGGCUUCACUUCUUGCUAAGAGUGACGUGAAGAAAAUAUUCUUACUUAACCGAAAUGGAGACACUAAGUCACAAUCCGCCUCCCUUAAAUCUCGAGGCCUGCCAAGUUCGCUGGUCGACGAUAAGCGCGUUGUCUUUUUCAAGAUCAAGCCCACAGAACCAAAGUUCGGGCUCUCAGAUGGAGACUACGCGUCGCUUUCGCAAGAGACUACAGCUGUCAUCCAUAACGCAUAUCCGGUCAACUUCCUUCUCAGCGUCCAGUCUUUCGAGCCGCAAUUCCAAUUCUUGCUGAGUCUGCUUAAGUUGGCGGUUGAUAGCCCGCAGAAUCCCGCAGUGCUGUUCGUGUCUAGCAUCACUGCCGCGACACCAGCGACCGUAGGCGCAGAUGGCGAAGCAAUACCAGAGGAAGUUCUGCACCCAGAGAAAGCUAGAGGCUUACUUCAACAGGGUUAUGCUCGAUCGAAAUACGUUUGCGAGCGUCUUCUGGCCAAUUAUGCAUCUCACUUGGGAGGAAGGGCUUCGGUGCUCCGAGUUGGUCAGGUAUGCGGCCCAUCUUCAGGGACAGGAAUAUGGAAUAUGUCAGAAUGGGUACCAUCUCUAGUUCUAAGUUCCAAAUUCCUUGGCGCUAUCCCGGAGUCUUUGGGUAGCCUUGAAGUGAAUUGGGUGCCUGUCGACAAGUUGGGCGACAUAGUCGCCGAGAUCGUAUGCGAUGCCUCACAACACGAAAAGCCAGAAGAAUUCCAAGUAUUCAACGUCGUCAAUCCCGCGAUAACCUCUUGGGGCGCGCUACUCCCAGCGCUCAAAGCGAUUGGGUCUGUGGAUGUCGUAUCCGCUUCUGAAUGGAUCGACAGGCUUGAAAAAAGCGACAAGGAUCCCCACAUCAUCCCUCAGAACCCCGCCGCCAAGAUCGUGGACUUUUACAAACAGACAAUGGUGGUGGAUGAGCAAAAAGCAGCGAAGAUCGAAGUUGCGAAUCUCCUACGUGCAAGUCAGACUGCAGCGAAUCUGCCGCCGAUCGAUCAAGGACAUAUGGCACGGUGGAUGCAGGGCUGGGGAUUGUAACGGAUGUGUUUACCAGGUUUCUUGAAGACCCCGCAUGUAACAAUCUACUUCAGUGU